AGAAGACGUCAAUAGCUGUGGUGCUGUUGGUGAAUUAAAUUUACAGCAGUACAAUUUUUAUUGUAUUUUCUUUUCAUUCUACUUAAAAUAAGGCAUUUGGAUGGAAGCUAUCAAAGUCCGUACGCGAUUAGAAGUAAAUUAAAGAUAGUCACAGUAAGAUUUGCAGCUUAAUUGGGUGAAUAGGACCUAAACGUUAGUGGAAUACAAAGGGAAAGUACAGUGACGUUUCGAGCAAUUCUAUUGUUUUGCUCGUCACAUUCAGCUAGAAUCAGCAGAAAGCAGUCAUUAAAGAAUGCCGUUCUAUAAGUAUUUAUUAUCUCCAAAGCUCUUCAAAGAGUAUGAUGGAACAAAGGAAGUGUAUGAACCUGGUGCGCUGGAGAAAUAUGGAGAUCAAUUAUUGACAGCUUUAAAUUUGAUGUGGAGCUUUGGCUACUAUACAUCGCCUCUGUUGAUCACAUUCUUGUACCGUCGGGGUUAUUUCGUGGCUGAUUCCGUUGGAACUUUGGCCAAAUUUACGACGGGCAUUGGUUUGCUGGUAGCCGUUUCCUUGUGUAUGCGGGGACUGGGUCGGUCUAUGAGUGUGGUUUAUGUGCGUUUUGCAGAAUGUUUGGAAAGUGCCAAACGAAACGAGAAAGACCAGGAAGCUAAAAGUCACAUUCGAAAAUAUGAUUUCGAUUUUAAAGAUUGGCCUGUUGAUUUUACUGUUAAGAGUAGCGUACAACGUGUGCAACUACCCCGCAACAAGCCAUUAUGGAUCUCUUCCCUUCCAUGUCAAAUUGUAGCUUACCUUGCUAUUCACACCUUCGGUAUUCGUAUGAUCUAUCCUGGCUCUGUGCGAUUGUUGCAGAGCUAUAUUGAACCCAUGUUGCUUCAGGGUCGUAUAAAGCUGAUCACGGAGAAUGAUGGCAAACGCAACAAAGUUAAAACGGCCGAUGGAAAUGAAAUAGAUACCUUAUUCGUAGACAAUCGCAGUAAAAGCCCGAACGGGCGUACACUUAUUAUUUGUUCGGAAGGCAAUGCUGGUUUCUAUGAAAUUGGAAUUAUGUCCACCCCAAUCGAUUUGAAAUAUUCGGUUCUUGGUUGGAACCAUCCAGGAUUUGCUGGAAGCAGCGGUCGUCCAUAUCCAGACCAGGAUCAGAAUGCGGUUGAUGCAGUGCUUCAGUUUGCUUUAACCGAUCUUGGUUUCACGCCAGAAAACAUUAUUCUCUAUGGUUGGAGUAUUGGCGGGUACUCAACGCUUUAUGCGGCUUCACAAUAUCCGGACGUUAAAGGAGUAAUCCUGGAUGCCACCUUUGAUGACGUGUUGCAGCUGGCACUGCCUCGAAUGCCUGAGAGUAUUUCCAACAUUGUUAAAAUUGCCGUUAGAGAUUAUGUGAAUUUAAACAACACGGAACUGAUCUCACAAUAUAAUGGUCCAGUAAUGUUGAUCAGACGAACGGAUGAUGAAAUCAUAUGCUCCGAGGAGGGUAAUCUUGCGACGAACAGAGGAAAUUUUCUGCUAAUCAAUAUGCUUAAACAUCGCUUUCCAAAUAUAUUCAAAACAGACCAGGAAAACCUGGUGAAAGAAAUUUUAUCGAAACCCAUCGAAUUCAAUAGGAAUGAACAAGACGAACUUUGUCUCUCGCUGUUGAUGUCUUAUUUGGGGGACAACGGCAAUAACGGUACAUCACGAAGUUAUCCCAUCGAAAUUGGAGAGGAAUAUACCAGCGAACAAAGGGAUUCGAUGGCGAAGUAUCUCAUUAAAAAACAUUUGCACGAUUUUAAAUCGUCCCAUUGUACACCUCUACUCGCGGAGCACUUCCAAUUGCCGUGGGAAAUUCCAAACGAUACUGAUUUUGUGUUCACAUAAGCUUAAAUCAUAAUGUAUCACUGCUCUUCUUCAAAGCACCUAGCCAGUGAAACGCAAAAAAUUUAAGCUGUAACAUUUUGGAACUAUUCUUGAAAGUAGCAUGCCUCAAAAUUAUCAACGUACGAAAACAUUUGGUGGAAGGUAUGUUUUUUAAAGUCAUAAACACUCUAAGCGCAAUGAGGGGUAAUGAAAGAUUCUUGUUUAGCGAGUAUUAGAAAUGGUAUUUUACAGAGAAGAAGGACAGCUGUUGAAAUUACGCUGCAUUAGCAGCAUAACUGAAACGACAUUCUCAACUAUUUAUUGGUAUAAUGUAAGAAUAUUGCAAUAUAAAACGAAUGCUUAAUACUGCAACAUCAUCUCUCACUAUGCCGGGAAUAUAAAUGUCCACGAGUUCGAUGCACAGUUUCAUAUUUAUGGUAUCAAAAAAAAAAUGAAUCUGCAUAGAAAGUCUAGAAUUCAAACUUAAACAGAAGUGACUCGAAAUUCAACAAUGUCGUCAGGUAUAAGAAACUAUUUUUGUGACUGGGUAAUUUACACGUACUGCGAGGGCAGUUUGUAAAAACAAAACAGGACUAAUAAACUCUAUAAUAUUUAGCAACCUAUCAUUGGCAUUCAGUUUCAGCAUUAGCUUUCGUUGAUUCGAAUUUCGAAGUAAGUCGAUUUUCAACACACUUUCGGUUUAGUCUUUAAACCAUUUUCAAGUUUUAUUGGUUAAAAAUGUAAGCAGAAUAAACAUUACACUACUGAGAGUAUAUGGACAGCAGAAAGUUGAAUAUUACAGCAAAGAAAUUUAAAAUUAACAUGUGAGAGGGGUACUUGCAUUUCAUUAUUUCAUUCUGAGUGUCGGAAUUUUGGAUCGUGGCAGCGAUCGCCUUUUACCGUUGAUUGCAUCCGCGUUGUCUUCUG